GCGCAAUCAUAUCCCAGACCCUCUUGACACCAUCAAUCAUGAAGCUCAUUUCUGCAACUAGCCUGGCUCUCUUCGUCGGCUUCGGCCUCUCUCUACCUUCAAUGAUGAAGACCACUUGCCAGUUGGGCAGCAUUGGGCCUGCCAAUGCGGGAAAUGCAGCAUGUAGCGCUUCUUGUUUGAUUCAGCACGGCAACAUCCAUGGUGGACACUGCAAUGAGAAUGCUGUGUGCAUUUGCAACUAGGUCUUUGGGACGGGUUCAGCUUGUUGGAAAUACUCAACUAUCGUCUACGCUCCUCCUAGGCAGUGGCGGUAAAGUCAAUGUUUUUCAUCGUUGUCUUUGCCACUGGACAGACUACGAAGAAUCCAAUCAAGGACUGUCUCCUCUU